AAGAUAAGGGCAGUUGAUUCUCGUGCUGUGUGUGGGUUUGGAGAAAAGGACAUUUAGUAUACUGAUAAAUAUAUAUUUUUGUUAGUGAACAUGUCCUCAAAAGGAAUAAAUCCGUUCGAAGAUGACCUAGACGAUGACACUUUCUUGAGCAGCGGGCGUUCAAAUAAUCAUGAUCGUGAUUGGGAGAGUGAAAAUGCCUCAAACAUUCGCAGCCAGAUUGAUAGACAUGAACAUUCUAUGUUAGAAAGCACGCAACGGUCGCUUGGUGUUCUGUACCAGACGGAAGAAAUAGGCAAUGAAACUGCAGAGGAAUUGUUGCGACAAGGAGAUCAGCUUCGCCGAACAGAAAAAAAGGUUGAUAAAAUUAAUGCAGAUUUGGACACUUCACAACGAUAUGUCACAUCUUUGAAAGGCAUAUUUAGUGGCAUGCGAAAUUAUUUCCGGCCAGCAGUUAAAAAAGAUCCAGGAUGGGAAACCCAGGACGAUAAAAGUCCAAGCAAACUACAGAGGACUGUAGACAAUGCUAAUACAGCAUCAAUGGCAACUUCUUCAUCUUUUGAUCAUCCUGGUUUACGACUGCGUGAUCCUGAAGCAGCUCAGAUGUACGGCCAAAGACAGUCAUCAAGCACAAUUAACAAGGCAGUUGAUGAAAAUAUCGAUGAACUAGGACUUGGAAUUGCUCGUUUAAAAGACCUUGCUAUUGGGCUCGGAGAAGAGAUGGAUGAACAAAAUGAUGUUAUAGAGAGAUUAGAUUAUAAAGUAGAGAAAGUUAAUGUGAGGAUUGAUAAAACUACCAAAGAUAUGAAGAAAAUUCUCCGUUCAUAAUGUUAAUGUAAUUGUAAUGUCAAUGAUGUAAUAUGGAUGAUGUGUUCAUAGUGUUGUUAUGUUAUAAAGAAUAUGAUAUUUUCAUUAUUGGGUGUGCAUCUUACAGGUCACCUCCACAACUUGCUCUCUUAAAGUCAAUUUUCCUACUUUGCGCCUUGAGCACUUUCUAAGUUGAUACGUGCGCUAUAUAAAUCACAUUUAUUAUUAUUAUUAUUAUUUUAUGUGAAUGCUUUGCAAUGUAGAAAUGUUCAACUAAUGAAAAAGGGCUGUAUCCAGGAUUGCAGUUGGGGGGAGGGGUGGGGUGCGUACACACCCAUCACAACCCCCUUUAUACGGGCCUGCAUCUUUUAUUGUUCUAUUGUGAUGACAAAAUGUCUAUAUUUUCACCUGUAGGGAAAAAAAAGAUAGUGUUUGAGCUGGUCCUGGCCUGGCUGUACCAAUGUUUAAACUCAAAAUAACAAAUAGUCCUCAGAUGCCAAAUUCUCAUCCUACUUGGCAGUUGUUUUUCACGAAACUUUGGGCCUAAAAUACCAAAUCUAGAGAUGAUAGGAUCAAAGAUAAAUUAUUAUUAUUAUUAUUAUUAUUAUUGUAAUUUAUCUGAGGCAUAAAUUAAUAUAGCUCUAUAUAAUUCCCUUUUUUUCAUUUUUUUUUUUUUUUUCAAUCGGUGCCAUUUAAAGGUGUUGAGGUUUUUAAAUAUUUUUAAAAAAUAUCUUGCAUUACUAAGUAUUACAUGUUGUGUCCAUAAUGUAACUUAAACCACCUGACUUAAUCUUGGAUUUUUAGAUAUAAAAUAAAGUGCUGCCACAAGUACUAAUUGUAAACAUAAUCAUAAGGUGAAAAUAUCUGUUCUGAAGUAAAUUAAUGUUUGUAGUA